AUGCACCAAGGAACGCUGGACGCCAAUGGUGCAGGUGAUUAUGCACCGUCGCACCCGCAGUUUGACAGGUCGGGAAUUCUGGACGCGCUGUAUAUCGAAAUGCUUCUUUUUGAAAACCGUGAAUUGCAGGCAACGGUGACUAAACAAGAGCAGAUAAUUCUGGGGAUCCGCGACCGUCUCAAUGGCACGAGUCUUCCACGAGGAAAAGCGGAAAAGGUUGCAAUGUCGGCAGAUGUGACUGCAGAAAUAGAAGAUGCAACUGCAAAUUCAACUGCAGAUGCAAGUGCAGAUGUUUCAGCUGCAGAAGUUUCAACUGCAGAUGCACAAGCACAUGUACCAACUGCAGAUACUUCUGUAUUAGCUGGAUUGGCUUCUCCUGCUGCAUUGGCUUCACCUGCAUUGGCCUCGCCUGCAUUGGCUGAACCAGCUGAUGACGUGCCGGUUAGAUCUGCUCGACGGCGACGCGAAGACGAUUCCGUCGAUGAAACCUCCCAAUUAGAUAUUAAACAGGCGUCACCCACUCUUGGAGUCACCGACGCUGUCGACGAUCGGUCUUCUCUUUAUUCGGAAUCGAAUCUGCCUGCACGUCAAUCUGAUGGUCGGCGCCUCGCUGCCAGUGCCGACAAUUCAUUGACGCAGCAUAAAAACGCCAGUAACAGCAGUUUCGGCUCAAACUACAAACCUCGUCUCAAGCUUCCUGCAACGCUCAAGAACAAUGGAAGCCGUACACCAUCGGCGCUGGCGCCUCAGACGCAACUGUCACUCCUGCAGCUGCAGCUGCAACUGCAGACGCUGCAGACGCAUACCCUGAUUCUUCUGCUACAGGAAUCAGAUCUUGACACAUCUUCGGUAAGCCGCACAUUGGCAUCAUCAACUUCUGGUCCCAUUCCUCCUGCAACUCCUGAUGCCAUGCAAAUUAACAAGUUUCCCUCCAACAUGUCGAUUGACGAUCGAAGUAUAGUUUCAAAUCCUCAAUCACCUCCAAUGCAUGAACCGUUACGAACACCGCUGGGACUCUUGCUGCAUGAAUCUUUGACUGCAAAACUUUCUCGCCAACCAACCACUCCCGGUUCUAGUUUCCAGGUGAUGCCUUCAACGGUGCAAGAAGAUGAAGAAACCACAUUGUUGGUGAAACCAGAUAAUUUUAACACAAUUGAUAUUGUGGUUGCAAGCACCAUUAAUGUUCAUCAUCAAGAAGUUUCACUACAACGCAAGCUGGACGAUCCCAAUGUGAGUAUCAGCAUCUGUGACAAAGCUUCUGGUAAGGAAAUGUGGAGAAUCCGGAAAUCGUACCUGCAACUAGUUGCAUUCGAUAACGAAAUAAGACCCAUAGUUGAGUAUUUCGGGCUUCCUCCACUUCCUGAAAAAACGCUUUUUUUCUCAUCUUCUCCUCCAAAAGUAGACACCCGUCGACUCCAAUUGCAGGAUUUUUUCAAUACUUUGUUCUUGAUUCCUCAUAUUCCGCGAAUGCUUCUUUUCAGAAUCUGCAAAUAUCUCUCGGCAGACUUGGUCAAUCCACUCGACGAUUUCAAAAGUGGUGCUUCUAAAGAAGGGUUUCUUAUCAGGCGCUACAAAGGACUCGGAUCGACUUGGAAAGUGAGAUGGUGUCAGGUAGACGGCCCAUAUUUGGAAAUAUAUGAAGCUCCCGGCGGCACAUUUCUUGAGCAAUUGCCGCUCUGGCAUACCCAAAUCGGCCGCCAAUCUAGCGAUAGUGUUGCUGAAGACAAAGGAUACCGUCAUGCUUUCCUUAUUUUGGAACAAGAAAAAUUCAAAAUGAGUUCAACUUCCAAACACUUUUUUUGUGCCGAGUCGGAUACAGAACGAGACUCGUGGAUUUCAGCAUUGAUCCAGUAUACGGGGUGGUCCGAUUCGGCAACUCCCGCUGAGUCUACCGACAGUUUGGUGCGUGGAUCUGAGCGGUUUGGAAGCAAUGAACGGGUGGAAAAUUUGGAUGAAAAAGAAAGAGAAAAGGAAACCAAAAAGAGUCGAAAGCGAAGUCUCUUUCCGUUCCGCAAGAAUGCAGACGACGACCAAAGUUCGCAAAACCAGAAUCAGAAUUCGCAGCCAAAUUCGAAUUCUCAAUUUUCAAGUUCGCAAUUUUCAAAUUCGCACCAAAAUUCAAAUUCAAAUUCAAAUUCGCAGCCAUAUCAGUCGGCUCAAUUGCAGCCCCAUUUCUUGUCGCAGCCUUUGCUGCAAGCCUCCUCUGAGCUCCCGCUGUACAUUGGAAACAUGAAGCUAGACGACAGUCCCGCAAAAACCAUUUUUGGUCGCGACGUAUUGGAAGCUUACAACUUGUCGCACCAUGAAUUUCAAGGCCGAAGCAUUCCCAGUGUAUGUUUCCGGUGUCUCGAUUACCUCGUAAAAACAGGAGCGGUGUACGAAGAAGGCAUAUUUCGACUUUCGGGCUCGGCAUCUCAAAUCCGGGGGCUUCGAGAACAGUUCAACACUAAAUUCGACAUUGAUCUUUGCGCCAAUCCGCUGCCUGAUAUCCACACUGUUGCCGGUCUUUUCAAAACUUAUUUAAGAGAACUUCCUCAUCCCAUUCUUGGAGCUCAACCGUACUCGGAUCUACAACAUAUUGUCAUGAGUAGAGGAGAUACUGGGUCCAAACUGUCAUGUGGCUUACAUUUUCCGCGACUACCUUUCAAGUGA